GCUCGCUAUGAGGCUUCUUGCAGUUGUCGUUUUCGUCGCCAGCAUUUUUGUGUUCUAUGUGAAUGCAGACAGUUGUCUUGGAGAGUUCGAACUAUGCCCAAUGUCAGGAGAGUGCGUUCUGGAUUCUUCUUUGUGCGGCCGCUGCAAGCAAGGCCAAUAUCUUUGCCCUCUCAAUCAGACUCACUGCGCUAUUUCUGUUGAAGACUACGUCAACUGUCCUAGUAUAAAAGGAACACACUUGGAUUGGACUCUGUCGGUAGAUGAUCGUUUGCAGUAUCUCGCCAAAGCAGCAACUUUGAUGGACAAGAUCGGUCAGAUGACCAAUGAUGCACCUGCUCUGGUUCAUCUAGGGAUUCCUGGUUACAACUGGCUUAAUGACGACGAACAUGGCGUUCGUGAAAGUCACGCAACUCAGUUUCCUAAUGGAUGUGGAUUGGGUGCAUCUUGGUCGAAGCAACUUUUGCAUGAUGUUGGCUGGGUAGUUGGUCUGGAAGCCCGCGCUCUGCACAAUGGCUUUGUUCACGCUGGAAACAGAGGGCAUCAUGAGAAUGGAGCUGGAAUCACUUUGUAUGCCCCUAACAUGAACCUAGUUCGAGAUCCACGUUGGGGUCGAUCUCAGGAAGUUUACUCAGAGGAUCCCUACCUUUCAGCUCAGCUCACCUAUAAUUUUGUUUCUGCAUCUCAGGGAAAUUUUUCUGGAAAAUAUUUACUAGCUGCAGCAUGUUGCAAACACUAUGCUGCUUAUGAUAUUGAGUCGUCACCGCAGUCAAGAGUAACAUUUUCUGCCAAGCUUGAUGCGAGAAAUUUAUGGGAGACCUAUUUGCCAGUAUUUAAGGCCUGUGUCAGAUAUGCUCAAGCAGGUCACGUGAUGUGUAGUUAUAAUGCAAUUAAUGGCAUUCCAACUUGUGGAGAUCCGAAUUUGAUGAAUGGUGUUUUGAGAAAACGAUGGAAAUGGAAAGGAUUUGUUGUAAGUGACUACGAUGCAUGGGCAAAUAUUGCAUCUACUCAUCAUUACUGUCCCGAUCUUACAUGUGCAGCUGCGGUUGGUCUGAAAGCAGGACUCGAUCAAGAGGGAGGUGGGAACAGAGCUGUUAAUGAAUUACCUAAUGCACUUAGUAUGAAAAAUGUGACUGAAGAAGACAUUGACACUGCAUUUAAGCGUCUAUUUCGCAUUAGAAUUUUGCUAGGAAUGCUUGAUCCACCCAGCAUGGUUGCUUGGAACCAAAUCAGCAAUAGGAGUUCAGAAAGUCCUGACCAUAUUAUGUUGGCACGGCAGGCUGGUAGAGAAGCUAUUUGUUUGUACAAAAACAAUAAGAAUGUUCUUCCCUUAACAACCAAAAUAAAGAAAAUUGCUGUGAUUGGUCCAUCUGCAAGUCAGACAGGUUUAUUGUUAGGCAACUAUGCCACAUAUCCAGAUGACGGUGUAGUUUCAAUUGUAUCUGGCAUUCAAUCAGCAUUGGGAAUUAUUCCAUCCAAUGUCACUGCUAACUGCACGGUUGAAAAGAAUAUUGACUAUUUUGUAGCAGGGGAGGGAGGCUCUGCAUCUCCAAAUAGUACAAACUGCUGUAUUCAGUGUAUGAUUGACCCUUCUUGUCAAUAUUACACAUGGUUUCAGCAAACGUGCUACAAGAAAACGUCAGAUGCUGGUCGUCAGCAAAGUGAGGGAAGGAUAUCUGGGAAAUGCUUAUCCAAACCAGAAGGUAAUGGGCAAGUAGUUGUUGCACCUGGAUGUUCUUCUGUACAGUGCACUGAUAAGUCUGGAUUUGUUGAUGCUGUAAAAGCUGCAGAUGGUGCUGAUGCCAUUGUGGUUGCAAUUGGGUUAGAUCAGCGCGAAGAGUCCGAGGGUCAUGAUCGGUCAGUAAUUGAACUACCGGGAUAUCAAGGUGAUCUGGUUUCAGCUUUACGAAAAGCGUACAUGAAUACACCUUUGAUAGUGGUAUUGGUACAUGGAGGAACACUUGGUCUAGGCAAUGUAGUAGAAGAUGCAGAUGCAAUUGUGGAUGCUUGGUAUCCAGGAAUGCAAGGAGGCAAUGCAGUGGCGGAUGUUCUAUUUGGAAAAUACAAUCCAGCUGGAAGAGCGUCUGUCACAUACUACAAGACAACAUCAGACCUUCCUCCUCCUGGAAUGAUGGAUCCUUAUGCUAAUGGUACAAACAGCCAUGGUCUUACAUACAGAUUUUUUACUGAAGAACCACAAUAUUCGUUUGGAUUUGGCUUGUCUUACACAACAUUUACUUACUCUGACCUUAAGGUAAACAACAGCAUGCCAAAAGCAUGUGAUGUCAUUGGAAUUAGUGUGACAGUGAAAAACACGGGUGAUAUGAAUGGUGAUGAGGUAGUUCAAGUUUAUGUCAAGCAGCCUUCUGCUACUGUUCCUGUACCUCAGAUUCGGUUGGCUGACUUUGAGCGAGUUACAAUCAUGAAAGGGUCUUCAAUGACAGUUCAGUUGUCUAUCCAGCCUGACUUUCAUUCUGUUGUUUAUUCAACAACCAACAUCUUUGAUGGACAAAUAGCUGUCGAGAAGGGUCCUUUAGGAAUUUAUGUUGGGGGAGGUCAACCUCAAUUUUACAGUGGCCAUGUCAACACCACUGUUAUGAUUCAAGAAACCAAGAUGCUAGACACUUGCUAGUGUUCUGACGUAGAAUUUCGAGGUUUUCACAGGCUGAAAAGCGUAUUUGUUUUUUCACAAUUAUUUCAUGUAUCAUUGUAGAUCUUGUGUCACAGAGUGGGUUGGUAUUUGUCUGGUGCGUUCUUUGUGCUUACCUGUAUUCUAUUUACAAUUUUUUCAUGUGAAA